AUGGAAAUUAACAAAAAUUUGUUAAAUGAGAAUAAAGAUAGUAUUAGUAAAAUUGAAAAAAAUCUGUGUAAUUUUAGUCUUCUUAUUAUUGUUAAUGAAGAUAAAAAACAAGUAGUUGGUGGUAGUAAAAAUUCAAAUAAAUCUUAUAUGGAUUGUGCAAUUCGUGAAGCUAAAGAAGAAGCAGAUGUUGAUAUUAAAUUAGAAAAUUUAAUAUUAAUUAGUACUAUUGAGAGAUUUCAAGUUUUUUCAGAUUCUGAAGAACAGCAAAUAUUAUAUCAUACAUAUGAUAUGACUCAUUCUAUUAAAGAACAUAUAUUAACUAUAUCAGAAGUAAUUAAUAAGAAAUUUCAUGCAAUUCAAAUUGCUAAAAAUAAAAAGAGAAGUGCAGCAAAAAGAAAACAUAAAGAAAUUGAAGAUGUAGAAACUGAAAAUUUACAAGAAAUUUUAGUU